CCACAAUCUAUUUUGUAUCCCUUUUCUCCUCCUCCCUGGGUUAUCUUUGUCUCACUCCCUCAACUCAGCCCAGCAGCGCUGCAGGUCGGGAGCCCCCCUGCCAGUGCCUUGUGCCCCGGGUGCAGGAGCCCAGCAGCCCCCGGAGAGGAAGAGGAGGGACCCGCGGAUCUCUCUCUCAUUGUUAGCGCGCUGGGUGGCUGCGAGCCCCCUAUGCCGGAGCGGGGCUGCUGGAGUUUGGCUCGCGCUGGGUGUGUAAUGCCCGUGCCUGGGCGUGCAGGGGAGAGACCGGCUGGGAGCUGCCGCCGCUGCUGCUGCCACCUCAACAUGGUGUAAAUCCGCUUCCGACACCGACUCGCAGCACCCGCCGAAGAGAGGCUGGAGAGCGGGGAGGAAAAACCCACCCAACCCCACUCCUCGCCGGGAAACAAACCAGCGCCCACAGCUGCCUCUUCCCCCCCGGCCAGCCGGCCGCCCCAUGCAGCAGAGGUGCCCCCCGGCUGAAGCGGGCAGGAGGCGGUAGAGCAGCUCUUGCAAUUCCCAGGUUUUGAUUAUUAACCCCCCCCCCCCAAAAAAAAAGGAAAAAAAGAAAAGAAAAGACGGGAAGAUGGCGAACGAUUCUCCUGCAAAAAGUCUGGUGGACAUCGACCUUUCCUCCCUGCGGGACCCAGCUGGGAUUUUUGAGCUGGUGGAAGUAGUUGGUAAUGGUACAUAUGGGCAAGUCUAUAAGGGUCGGCAUGUCAAAACAGGUCAACUGGCAGCCAUCAAAGUCAUGGACGUUACUGAGGAUGAAGAAGAAGAAAUCAAACUGGAGAUAAAUAUGCUAAAGAAAUAUUCGCAUCAUAGAAACAUUGCAACUUAUUACGGUGCUUUCAUUAAGAAAAGUCCCCCAGGACAUGAUGACCAAUUGUGGCUUGUUAUGGAAUUUUGUGGAGCAGGCUCUAUCACGGACCUUGUGAAGAACACAAAAGGGAACACUCUAAAAGAAGACUGGAUAGCGUAUAUCUCCAGAGAGAUUCUCAGGGGAUUGGCACAUCUUCAUGCCCACCAUGUGAUUCACCGGGACAUCAAAGGGCAGAAUGUACUGUUAACAGAAAAUGCAGAGGUGAAGCUUGUGGAUUUUGGUGUUAGUGCUCAGCUGGACAGGACGGUUGGCAGGAGAAACACAUUUAUUGGAACCCCAUACUGGAUGGCUCCAGAAGUUAUUGCCUGUGAUGAAAAUCCAGAUGCUACUUAUGAUUACAGAAGUGACCUUUGGUCAUGUGGCAUUACGGCCAUUGAAAUGGCAGAAGGAGCUCCCCCCCUCUGUGACAUGCAUCCAAUGAGGGCGCUGUUUCUUAUACCCAGAAACCCUCCUCCACGGCUAAAAUCCAAGAAAUGGUCAAAAAAGUUCUUUAGUUUUAUAGAAGGUUGUUUAGUGAAGAACUAUAUGCAGAGACCCUCCACCGAGCAGCUUUUAAAACAUCCUUUUAUACGCGAUCAGCCAAAUGAACGGCAAGUCCGAAUCCAGCUUAAGGACCACAUAGACAGGACCAGGAAGAAGAGAGGAGAGAAAGAUGAGACAGAAUAUGAAUAUAGCGGAAGUGAGGAAGAGGAGGAGGAAGUGCCUGAACAAGAAGGAGAGCCAAGUUCGAUUGUCAAUGUGCCUGGAGAAUCUACCCUCCGACGUGAUUUCCUGAGACUGCAGCAGGAAAACAAGGAACGUUCGGAGGCCCUUCGGAGACAGCAGCUGCUACAGGAACAGCAGCUCCGAGAGCAGGAGGAGUACAAGAGGCAGCUGUUGGCAGAGAGACAGAAACGCAUAGAGCAGCAGAAAGAGCAAAGGAGGCGGCUAGAAGAGCAACAAAGAAGAGAACGGGAAGCUCGAAGGCAACAAGAGCGUGAGCAGAGGCGAAGAGAACAGGAGGAGAAAAGACGGCUAGAAGAAAUGGAGAGGAGGCGUAAGGAAGAGGAAGAGAGGAGGAGAGCAGAGGAAGAGAAGAGGAGAGUGGAGAGAGAGCAGGAGUAUAUCAGGCGACAGCUAGAAGAGGAGCAGCGGCACUUGGAAAUUCUUCAGCAGCAGCUGCUCCAGGAGCAGGCCAUGUUACUGGAAUACAGAUGGCGAGAGAUGGAGGAGCAUCGACAAGCAGAGAGACUCCAGCGCCAGUUGCAACAGGAGCAAGCGUAUCUCCUGUCACUGCAGCAUGAUCAUAGGCGGCAUCAACAGCAACAGCAGCAGCAGCAAGAAAGGAAUAAACAAAGCUAUCAUAUCCCUGAGCCUAAAUCCCAUUAUGAACCUUCUGAAAGAGCACGUGAGGUGGACGAUAGAUUUAGAAAAACUAAUCAGGGGUCCCCUGAAGCACAGUCCAAACAGACGGGCAAAGUGUUGGAGCCACCAGUGCCUUCAAGAUCAGAGUCCUUUUCCAAUGGAAACUCAGAGCCUGUUCAGCCUGCACUGCAAAGACCAGUGGAACCCCAGGUACAGUGGUCCCAUCUGGCAUCUCUCAAGAACAAUGUUUCCCCUGUCUCGCGAUCCCAUUCCUUCAGUGACCCUUCUCCCAAAUUUGCACAUCACCAUCUUCGUUCUCAGGACCCAUAUCCACCUUCACGCAGUGAAGUGCUAAAUCAGAGUUCUGACUCUAAGUCGGAGGUACCUGACCCCACUCAAAAGGCUUGGGCUAGAUCAGACAGUGACGAGGUGCCUCCAAGGGUACCUGUGAGAACAACGUCCAGGUCUCCCGUCCUAUCACGUCGAGAUUCUCCACUGCAGAGCAGUGGGCAGCAAAAUAAUCAAGCAGGGCAAAGAAACUCCACAAGCAAUAUAGAGCCUCGUCUGCUAUGGGAGAGGGUGGAGAAACUUGUGCCGAGACCAGGCAGCGGCAGUUCCUCGGGCUCAAGUAACUCCAGCUCACAGCCGGGGUCCCAUCCUGGAUCUCAGAGUGGCUCUGGUGAACGGUUCCGAAUGAGAUCAUCAUCCAAAUCUGAAGGUUCACCGUCUCAACGUCAUGAAAAUGCAGCCAAAAAACCUGAAGAGAAGAAAGAAGUCUUCAGACCCAACAAGCCUGCUGGAGAAGUGGAUUUAACUGCCUUGGCAAAGGAAUUGCGAGCUGUAGAGGAUGUACGACCUCCACACAAGGUGACAGACUAUUCAUCGUCCAGUGAAGAGUCGGGGACGACAGAUGAGGAGGAUGACGAUAUGGAACAAGAAGGAGCAGAUGAAUCUACAUCUGGGCCGGAGGAUGCCAGAGCUGUAUCAACUCUGAAUCUGAGCAAUGGUGAAACAGAGUCAGUGAAAACCAUGAUUGUCCAUGAUGAUGUGGAGAGUGAACCUGCCAUGACGCCUUCCAAGGAGGGUACUUUAAUCGUCCGACAGAGUACAGUUGACACAAAGCGUGCCAGCCAUCAUGAGAGCAAUGGCUUUGCCGGUCGCAUUCACCUCUUGCCAGAUCUCUUACAGCAAAGCCAUUCCUCCUCCACUUCUUCCACCUCCUCCUCCCCAUCCUCCAGCCAGCCGACACCCAUCAUGUCCCCACAGACACCCCAGGACAAGCUAACUACUAAUGAGACUCAGUCCGCUAGUAACACACUCCAGAAACACAAAUCUUCCUCCUCCUUUACACCUUUUAUAGACCCCAGAUUACUACAGAUUUCUCCAUCUAGUGGGACAACUGUGACUUCUGUGGUGGGAUUUUCUAGUGAAGCCAUGAGGUCAGAGGCAAUAAGGCAAGAUCCCACCAGGAAGGGAUCAGUUGUCAAUGUGAAUCCUACUAAUACACGACCACAAAGUGACACUCCAGAGAUUCGCAAAUACAAGAAGAGAUUCAAUUCUGAGAUUUUGUGUGCUGCCUUAUGGGGAGUGAAUUUGUUAGUGGGAACUGAGAGUGGUCUGAUGCUGCUAGACAGAAGUGGUCAGGGGAAGGUUUAUCCUCUAAUAAACCGAAGACGGUUCCAGCAGAUGGAUGUACUCGAAGGCCUGAAUGUCUUGGUGACGAUAUCUGGUAAGAAGAACAAGUUGCGAGUUUACUACUUGUCCUGGUUAAGAAAUAAAAUCCUACAUAAUGAUCCUGAAGUAGAAAAGAAACAGGGUUGGACAACUGUGGGCGACUUGGAAGGCUGUGUGCACUAUAAAGUUGUAAAAUACGAAAGAAUCAAAUUCUUGGUAAUCGCUUUGAAGAGUUCGGUGGAAGUCUAUGCAUGGGCACCAAAGCCAUACCACAAAUUUAUGGCCUUUAAGUCAUUUGGAGAAUUGGUACAUAAGCCAUUGCUGGUGGACCUAACUGUAGAGGAAGGUCAGAGGCUGAAGGUGAUCUAUGGUUCCUGUGCUGGUUUCCAUGCUGUUGAUGUGGACUCAGGAUCAGUCUAUGAUAUUUAUCUGCCAACACAUAUCCAGAGCAGCAUCCAACCACACGCAAUCAUUAUUCUCCCAAACACCGAUGGAAUGGAGCUGCUGGUUUGCUAUGAGGAUGAAGGGGUUUAUGUUAAUACCUAUGGGAGGAUCACCAAAGAUGUGGUUCUGCAGUGGGGAGAGAUGCCCACAUCAGUUGCAUACAUUCGAUCCAAUCAGAUUAUGGGCUGGGGAGAAAAGGCUAUUGAGAUACGAUCAGUGGAAACUGGGCACUUGGACGGCGUGUUCAUGCACAAAAGGGCACAAAGACUCAAGUUCUUAUGUGAGCGGAAUGACAAGGUUUUCUUUGCUUCUGUACGGUCUGGUGGAAGCAGUCAAGUUUAUUUCAUGACCCUAGGCAGGACUUCUCUUCUGAGCUGGUAGAAGCCAUGUGAUUUGACAAGGGAUUGCUGACAUCCAGAGUCUUCAAGAUUCUCAUAACUUGGAAUUAUUAGUAACUGGAGUACAGACCUGCACUGAUGCAAGCACUCCAUCUGAAUGUGUGUGCGGGCAUCACUAGUGUUAGGUUUCUUUUGUUUUUAAACUGAGGCUGCAAUGCAGCUGGUGCUGUAAAGAUAUUACCAUCAGGUGCUAUAAGUCUUUGAGAUUUGGGAUCACACUAGAAAGCAUCAGGUCUUUUCCCCGUCCCCCCGUUCAGCUCCAGAAUACCUAGGCUUUGAAUGACUCCGUUUGUUAGUGUGAAAAGAGAGAGGCUCAUCAUGAACAUGUUGUUGAUUUGGCAGGAGGCAGGCAAGAGAAGGUGACAAGUGGUGGUGAGAGUCAGUCUUGCUGAAGCAGAGGGCAGAUCUAAUCUAGUAAUGUUAACAAUGUAUUUAAUUGACAUUUCUUUUUUGUAAUGUGACAAUAUGUGGACAAAGAGGAAGGUGCAGGUUUUAAGAAGUUAAUAUUUAUAAAAUGUGAACGACACAGUGGCUAGGAUAACUUCUUUUUUGGGGACAGGGUGGGAGGGCGGGGGGUGGAAUUCUUGGUUUUGUUUGGUUGGUUUUAUUUUGGCCUGGCCAAGAGCUUAGUCAUUUUUCUGUGUACCAGGUUUUGCCUGAAACGUGCAGAUGAUAAAAAGUUUGUUCAUUUUCUAUAAUGAUUCUGUGUUAGGACAGAACUUGGUGAUGUCACAGUAUUAGCACUGCCUCAGUUAAAGGUUUAAUUUUUGUUUAAACCUAGAAGUGCAACAACAGUUUUACCACAGUCUGCACUUGCAGAAUGGAAAAAAAAAAUUCCAAACAACAUAUGUUUAUUUUUUUGUGCCUACCUCAUUGUUUUUAAUGCAUAGAAGAGGUGGUUUAGUUUAUACGUUUUUAGAGGAAAAACCAUUAAUGUCUAAUUUAAACUUAAUACCAAAACUACCAGAUGAAAGGUUUGACUGUUAUUCUGUAGCAAGUUUCAGCAGAAAAGGAGAGUAGUCCAUUGAGAUGGUUGAAAUAGCCUUAUGGCAAUGAGACACCGACUAAUGUAAUUGCUUACUAAGUUUGGAAAUCAAAUAUUUUUAGCAACUUCAUCAGUAAUGGAAGAUUGAUGAAUUUAGCCUAAAACCAGAGGUUUCACUCUUCUAACAUGUGGGCUUAGUAACAGGCAGGUAACAAUAACUAGUCUAGUUCUAUAAACUGUUAAAUGUUGUAGGAAACAUUUUGGGGAGGUGAUGUUUUUCUUUUCUAAGAAUGCAAUGCACUAAAACUAUUUUAAGAAUGUAGUUAAUACUGCUUAUUCAUAAAACAGCAUAUACUUGUGUUUAGGUGUAAGAUCCCAGCUCUGGCUCCCCCCCCCUUUUUUUUUAAAGUCAGUUUUAUUUUAUGAAUAAGUUUCUGACAUUUGUAAUAAAUGUCACAGAGUAAUAAUUUGUUUAAUGGCUACAUGUUCAUUACUUGAGAAAUCUUGAGUGUAUAAUAAUCUGUUGGUGAUGUAAUAAUGCACAGUGUCAUGAUUCAACCAUUUUUAUUUUAUUUUAUUUUUUUUGUUUUGGUGGGGUACUUUGUUGACAGCUGCCUUAAGCUGUUCAUUCAGUGAACAGGCUCUCAGUGUUUCACGGGCUUUGUCUUCUGCUGUGCUUAAUUUACUUUCAUGGCAUGACAGGUAGGGCUUUUUAAACAUUCUUGAGUCAAACAGAUUGAUUGUUCAAGUGACUGGUCACUUGAUUGCUUUAAUAGUAACAGCACCAACUGGGCAAGUGUUUUGCUCGACGAACCCCUCUUUUGGCAUCAACCCUGACUGCUGUAAAUUCUUCUAAUCUAAUCAGCGUUUUUGCUGAAAGUUCUCCUUUGAACAUCAGAAACAGUUUAAAAGGGAGCUGGUGUGUACGUACACACACACACACACACACACAUAUCAAGAAAGCCUUACAUUUGCUGGCAGAAGAGUACUUAGAAAUAUUUUUUUAAAUUGUUUGACUUUUGGAUAGCACCGAAGGUUAAGGGUGGGGACACAUUUCUUCAGUCUCUGUUACAAUCAGCCAGAAGAGCUAUCAGUUCUCUGUACUAUGAACUAAAGGGACUCAGAAGUCCGACAUAAUCAUAGACAUGGAUGUAAUCACAAGAUGGCCCUGUAGCAUAAUUAGCUGACACUGAUCAAUUCAAUGUCAUUCUGCAUGGUUUUAAUUCUUACAGCGCUGUGUGGUUAAAUGGAUUUAGUUCUUGUCCCCACCUCACACACUACCUUGGAAAUCAAUAUGAUUUGUGUACAUGAGAAUGUUCCAGGGAUUCCCCAGGUUAAGGAUAUGUGCUUUUGAAGUUCCUAUGCUUCCGGAGGGAAACUCAUUCACUGGAACUGCUGGAUGGCAGCUUCUGCCUCCACGGAAGUCCCAAGGUGGCCAAACUACAAGUAAAAACAGUGUUACAAAACCACUACAUCUAGAGCGUUGAACUCUUUAAACAGUGCUUUUGUAAGAGCAGAAACAAAGCUCCUAGGUUUAGUUUUAAGCUUUAAUAAGUAAUACUUUCUGUAUCUUUGUCAAAGUAACCCUAACUGUAUGACUGCAGUGUUUUAUUUUUAUCUUAUGCACAUGUUAUGUUGGAGAAAAUGUUUACAAAAAUGGUUUUGUUACACUAAUGUGCAUCACAUAUUUAUGGUUUAUUUGAAAGUGAUUUUUGUGGGUUUUUUUAGUUUUUCAUAUUAGUAAUAGUACACUUUUUGUGACUUAUAACCCCAAACUCUGCUGAUUAUAAAGAUGCUAAACAAUAAUACAAAUGACAAACUGCAUUAAAAUUACUAAUUAUAGAGCUGCAAAGCAGACUGGUGACAAGUAAACACUCAGCCUUUUUUUUGCAGUGCUAUCUAACUUGUCUUCUGUGUAUUAUGGAUAUUACUGUUUUUUUCCCCAUUUUUCCUUAAAUAAAGUCAAAAUGACACCUA